GUCACCAAGCUCGCCAAGGACCCCAUCACCUCUCUCUACACCAUCACCGUCAAGGCCGACAAGUCGCCGCUCCUCCUCGACCUCGCCGGCUCGCUCGUCUGGUCGACGUGCCCGCCGCCGUCGUCAUCACACAGCAAUGUGGCAAGCCAGUCCGGUCCGUGCGGGGGCGCGGCCAGCCAGCAGUGGCCACGCCGCUGCCCGCACGUGGAGCCGGGGUCGGGAUGCGCCUGCGCGGGCAAUCCGGUCACCCGCGAGUGCUCCACCGGCGGCCUCACGAGCUUCGCGAUGUCGGCCAACACCACCGACGGCGCCAUGGAGCUUCCCCCGGAAGAGUCGUUCGCCGUCGUCGGCGCGUGCGCGCCGGGCAGCCUGCUGAGGUCGCUCCCCGCGGGCGCCACCGGCGUCGCGGGGUUCUCCCGGCGCCCGCUCUCGCUGCCGUCGCAGCUCGCCGCCCAGCGCGGCUUCGGAGGUAAGUUCGCCCUGUGCCUCCCCGAUUUCGCGACCUUGGGCUACGGCGACGUGCCUCCGGACCCGUACUUCACCCCGCUCCUCACGAACCCGGCGAACGCUGCCGGUUACUACAUCCCUGUCAAGGGCAUCUCCGUGUCGUGGCAUGAGGCCGACGCUCCAGCGGCCCUGAUCCGCGGCGCGCUCGACCUCGACGCCGCCACCGGCCGCGGCGGCGUCGUGCUGAGCACCGCCACGCCGUACAUGAUCAUGCGUCCCGACGUGUUCCGCGCGUUCGCCAAGGCGUUCGACGCCGCCAUUACCAGGGGGAAGAAGAAUCCGACGAGCACGGUGAAGCGGGUGGUGCCGGCGCCGAAGCCGUUCGAGCUGUGCUACAAGGGCGGGUUCCCAAUGCUGAAGCGGCCGGUGGGGCCCGGAGGCAUGCUGGUGGAGGGCGAGCCGGCGGUGGUGGUCGGCGGGAAGCAGCUGGAGAACAACCUGCUGGUGUUCGACCUGGAGAAACAGGUGCUCGGGUUCAGCGUGCCGCUCGACUUCCGCAUGUCCAGUUGCAGAAGCACCAGUUUCUUCGGAAACUAAACAUUGCAGUCACUUCAAUUUCAGAACAGAACUUUCACUGUGCAAUUUAUAUGUUUAUCUUUUCUACUUUUCGGGCUAAUAAUUGGACCAUAUGUAUGUGCAAUUUGUGUGUCCAU